GCGAUGACGCCACAGCCUUCUGAACCCCUCCCAGCUUCUAGGCAAGGAGAUGGCUGAGCGCGCAUGCGCGGUAGACGACCAUGGCGGAACUGGAGAUCGGGCAACACUGCGAAGUGGAACAUUGCGGGCAGCUGGACUUCCUACCUUUUGUCUGUGAUGGCUGUUCAGGAGUUUUUUGUCUUCAGCACAGAAGUCGAGCUGCUCAUGGUUGUUCUGAGGCAAAUCUAAAAAGUGGGGAUGUCAAACCAGAUCAUCACACAUCUUUCUUGUGCAGCUAUAAAGGUUGUGAGGGCAGAGAACUUGUACCUGUAUUAUGCUCUUACUGUGAAAAACAGUUUUGCUUAAGGCACCGUCAUCAGCCAGACCAUGAAUGUGAAAAAUUGGAGACCCCUAAACCUCGUAUGGCUGCUACCCAGCAGCUUAUUAAAGAUAUUGUAGAUUCCAAGAUAGAUGCCAGAGUGACUAAAAGAUGCAAAGGAGCUAAGAGCAGUGAAACAGCAGCCAAGGUGGCUCUAAUGAAACUGAAAAUGCAUGCAAGUGGGGAUAAAUCUGUACCACAGACAGAGAGAAUCUAUUUCCAAGUGUUUUUACCUAAAGGAAGCAAGGAGAAAAGCAAACCCAUGUUCUUUUGUAGUAGCUGGAGCAUUGGCAAAGCAAUAGAUUUUGCAGCUUCUACAGCGAACCUUAAAAAUGACAACAACAAAACCACAGCCAAGAAACUAAGACUUUGUCACACUGCAUCUGGAGAAGCCUUGCCUUUGGAUCAGACUCUGUCAUCUUGUCUACACUGUAAAGAAUCUCCAUUGUGUAAUGGUGGAAACGUGAUUUUGGAAUACCUUGAUAAUGAAGUUCAGUUGUUGGACGAUGCAAAUUCAUAUAUAGAAUAAUUACAAAAACCAUUGCUCAUAUAAUUUAUUACAUUAAACACAAGUCAAAACUUG